AUGGCCAUUGCCCAAGAACAUCCUGCAUCCCAUUGGGUCGAAAGUCGCGAAGGUCAAAUUCCGGAGGGUGCGUGGUAUGUCGGUGAAAACGCUGGUGGUCGUGGAUGGUACGAUGAGGGUUUGCACGUGGGCUACGUCGUGCCUGGGAGGGGAUUGAUGAUUGGUUAUGGUGGUAACGAAGUUAAUUUGAGGCAAUAUGAGGUUCUUAGAGGUGAUCCGGCUCAAUAUCGUUGGAUUGGAUGGUGGGUAUUCGUUGGUAUUCGUUGUUUUCGCAUUGAUCAUGUGUCCGUUGAUAACAUUUUUGCACAAAUACCCACCGAUCUAGUCAAGGUCCUUGCAAUCCACGAUAUUUCGUUCCCUUAUAUGGAUGGUCGCGAGUUAUACAUUGCCAAGGGAUGGUACAACGGCCGUGAGGUCACCGGAAAAGCCGGUCCUCACUUGGAAGAAGGAAUGUCCUUCGGAAUUGACGGUCAAGAGAAUUCACUCCAAGAUUAUCAAGUAUUGGCACUAUUGGGAUGA